GGAGUGGAGCAAGGAACCAAAGGAGAUGAGCGAGGUCGAGGCGCAGGGCUCGAGCAUGGAUCCGUCAGGUCUGGCACUCAUGAACAGCAGUGACCCACGCGCCUGGCUGGCUCCCACGCAGCCUGGCACCUGCGUGGCACACGCCGACUACCUGCUGCACUCUCCCUGCUCCAGCUCGAGCCUGGAAGGCGGGUCCCCCGCGUCUGACGACCACAGUCCAAACCUCAGAGAGACCGGCAAGGGCCCGCUCAAAGUGCGGGAGCUGUGUCGAUUGAAGGGGUCUCUGAGCGUGGAGGAGGGCAGGCAGCGAGCGCCGUCCAGCAAGCCGGUCCACGGAGUUCAGAAGCAGCGACGCCAGGCUGCCAACGCCCGGGAAAGGAGACGGAUGCACGGGCUGAAUCAUGCAUUCGACGAGUUGCGCAGCGUUAUUCCCGCUUUCGAUAACGACAAGAAGCUUUCCAAAUACGAGACCCUACAGAUGGCCCAGAUCUACAUCAACGCGCUGUCAGACCUGCUGGAGGGUCCCGGUGCUGACACGCCAAAGUUGUCCACUGCCGUCUACGACGGUGACAAAGCACCCCGUGGAUCCCCCGCUACCGGUAGGAGGGGCACAAGCACAGGGCUACCUGUCCAACUAAACAGCAUACCGUUCCCGUUCGAAGGUGAUUCGUUUUCCGCCCUCAUGGAGCACGAGAUGCGGUCUCCUUCCACGGGGGUGGCGAGCUCCGGUUCUGACAGUACAAAAGACUCUCCACGGUCCAACCGUAGCGACGGAGAGUUCUCCCCGCACUCCCAGUUUAGUGACUCUGACGAGAUGGCAAUGGAACUCCAGAGUGAAGACGAGCUUUCGGAACUGCCCAACCGUCACACAUUCUGAACACUAUAUGGACGUUAACCGUGUCAAUCACAUCAUCCGAAAUUGAUAGCCUAUAUAUGCGUUUUAUAUAAGAAUAGGCUUGCUUUCCAAACGUGAUUUUGAUUCCACCUGAGAACUAUAUUUUAUCAAUUGUCAGAUGAAGAUUUUUUAAAUGUCAGAUAAGCCUAAAUUUGGAUCUGCCAAUAGAUUUGUAGCCUUGCCGUCUCCAUGGGGACAUGGGAGAGACCCCUCUGCCAUGUCGCGCGCAGCACUUUCACGGGCUCUCCCAAGUCACGGACCAAACUGUCUUCCACAAAAUUGCCUGAUAUUAUAUUUUUAAUGUACAGAUUAUUUUGUAAUUAUGAUUCUCCUGAUUCUGAUCAUAAUGAAUAAUAUUGAAUU